AUGUCCACAGACCGCGUGACCCCACAGGUCUCAGCAUGGUUUCCCAGGCGGGCGAGCUGGCCCUCCUCUGCCUUCUCCUGGGCCUGCAGGGCUCCCUGGCCACAGUGUUCCUCAGGCAGAGGGAGGCGCACGGCGUCCUGCACAGGCCGAGGCGCGCCAACACGUUCCUGGAGGAGCUGAGGCCCGGCUCGCUGGAGAGGGAGUGCCGCGAGGAGCGCUGCUCGCUGGAGGAGGCGCGGGAGAUCUUCCAGGACGCGCGGCGCGCCGAGCAGUUCUGGCGCUCUUACACCGACGGCGACCAGUGCGCCUCGAACCCGUGCCGGAACGGAGGCUCCUGCGAAGACCAGCUCGGGUCCUACAUCUGCUUCUGCCCCGACAGCUUCCAGGGCCGCAACUGCGAGACAAACAAGAAGGACCUGCUGGUCUGCGUGAAUGAGAACGGUGGCUGUGAGCAGUACUGCAGUGACCAUGCCGAGGGCGGGCGCUCCUGCCGCUGCCACGAGGGGUACACGCUCCAAGACGACGGGGUGUCCUGCGCGCCCACAGUGGAAUACCCGUGUGGGAAGAUCCCUGUUCUGGAGAAGAGAAACGGCAGCAACCCCCAAGGCCGCAUCGUGGGCGGCAGGGUGUGCCCCAAAGGGGAGUGUCCUUGGCAGGCUAUCCUGACCGUGGACGGGGCGCUGCUAUGCGGGGGAACCCUGCUCGACGCUGCCUGGGUGGUCUCCGCCGCGCACUGCUUCAAAACCCGGAAGAACUGGAGAAACCUGACGGUGGUCUUGGGGGAGCAUGACCUCCGCGAGCAGGAGGGCGAGGAGCAGGAGCGGCGCGUGGCCCGGGUCUUCAUCCCCGACAAGUACGUCCCCGGCAAGACGAACCACGACAUUGCUCUGCUGCAGCUGAACAGGCCCGUGACCUUCACAGACCACGUGGUGCCCCUAUGUCUGCCCGAGAAGAGCUUCUCCGAGAGGACGCUGGCCUCCGUCCGCUUCUCGACCGUCAGCGGCUGGGGCCAGCUGCUGCACAGGGGCGCCACGGCCGUGCAGCUCAUGGCCAUCGACGUGCCCCGCGUGAUGACCCAGGACUGCCAAGAGCAGUCGCGCCGGUGGGAGGGCUCGCCCACCGUCACCGAGAACAUGUUCUGCGCCGGCUACCUGGACGGGAGCAAGGACGCCUGCCAGGGGGACAGUGGGGGCCCGCACGCCACCAAGUUCCAGGGCACCUGGUACCUGACGGGCAUUGUCAGCUGGGGGGAGGGCUGUGCGGCCGAAGACCACUUCGGGGUGUACACCAGGGUGUCCCGGUACAUCGAGUGGCUGCGCAGGCUCAUGAACACCAACACGACCCUGCGAGGCCUUCUCCGGGCCCCACUGCCCUAGCCCCGGCCCAGCGCCCCCUGGGAAUAAAGCUGUUGCCUGCCUCUCCCUCGAA